CUCCCCCUUCAACCGCCUCUGUGCAACCCUGCUGCGGGCACUUCCCUAUUAUAUCCCCUCUGUGCAACCCCCACCCUGCUGCAUUUCCUUAGCCCUCCCGUGUGCAACCCGUCCUUUGCAUUGCCGCACCCCUUCCAGCUGUACAGACCCCUUCUCUUCCCCCUCCUCCUCCAAUCCCCCCGUCCAGUGCCACGCCCCCAUUGCAUUCGCUCCUCGUUCAGACCACCCCCCGCAACUCCCUCCGCUUGGCCCUUCAUCCCCUCCCCGCGCUGCAAAGCGCGUCUCCUCCUCUCCCCCGUGCACAGGCCUUGCGUCGCCGCCGGCGCCGGUCCCUGCCGCGUCCCGCCCCCGGGCGCUGCCCUGCGCUGCCCGCUUCUGCUGGAGGCUGCUCCGGAUCGUCAUGGCGCCGCCGCUGCUGCUCUCGCUGGCCGUCGCGCUCCUGCUCUUCUAUCUGGGCUUCGUGCGGCGCCGCCCCGGGAUCCCCCGCGCCGCCUUCCGCCGCCGGGAGCCGGGCCGGGCCGGGGACAGCGGCCACCAGCCCCCGCGGGACGCAUGGGGUCCCCGGCUGUCCGGCUUCCCGCUGCGCCUCUUUGUGCAUGUGGCUAACACGGCUUUUGGGCAGUUUUGUGUAAUGCCGCUUUUAUUGAGGAUGAAUAACUUCACUCUCAUGCACUAUCUUGAUAUCCAUGAAGACCCCACGUUUAUUCCAGAGGUUGCUGCUGAGGGAAGAAAGGAAAAGCCUGAGACUAAAAACACAUUGGAGAUUCUCAAGCAGUUGAUGGAGACCAGGUCUCAUCGUGCCAACACUGGGUUCAGUUUCAAAGGGAUCCAGGACUAUCUGAACUGCUACCGGACUGGGGAGUUGACACCCUUACAAGUUGCUCAGAAUAUUAUCUCCUCGCUGGAGAACUGUGAGAAAUCCAGCCCCCCUCUCCGAGCAAUUGUGCAGUGGGACCGGGCACAGAUACAGAAGAUGGCUGAAGCCUCCACUACUCGUUACAGGAAUAAAUGCCCCCUUUCUCUUCUGGAUGGAAUCCCUGUUUGCAUAAAAGAAGAGAUUAAAGUUGUGCCUUAUCACUUCCGAGCGGGAACGGCAUACCUUGGGACAGAGCCAGAGACUGAAGAUGCUACAGUGACCAGGAAGCUGCGGGAGGCUGGAGCAAUCAUUAUCGGGGUCUCAAACAUGCAUGAACUAGGGACUGGAACCACUGGCUGUAACCCCAACAAAUUCCAUGGCACCGCUAGGAACCCAUACAACCCCCAGCAUUUCACUGGGGGCAGCUCCAGUGGAUCGGCUGCUGCUGUGGCGGCAGGUCUUUGCCCAUUGGCUCUUGGCACUGACGGAGGCGGCUCUGUGAGGAUUCCUGCUUCUUUCUGUGGUGUCGUGGGGCUGAAAGGUACAUUUGGGCUCAUCAGUUGUCACGGCUGCCUUCCACUCUCCUACUCGACCUGCAGCCUUGGCCCCAUUUGUACGUCAGUGACAGAUGCAGCCAUUGCGUACAGCAUCCUAGCUGAGCCAGAUCCACUGUACCCAUAUGGACUACAGCAGCCAAAACCAUCCCUGUCUGAAAUCCUCACUCCUGACCUCAAGGGCUUAAAACUGGGCGUGAACUGGACUUUUUUUAAGGCUUGUGAUGCAGAAAUUUUGGCAGUCUGCCAAAAAGCUGUAGAGCACCUGCAGGCUUUAGGUGCCUCUGUGGUGGACGUGCCCCUGCCGGAGAUGGAGGAGGUGCGGAUGGCGCAUGUGAUCUGCAUUCUCAGCGAGAUGAGGGAUUUCCUGCAGCCUGACUUCAACACCCACUUCCAGCAAAUGAAUCUGGAGACACGGCUCAACCUUACUCUGGCUUCCCACUUCACAGCUCUGGAUUAUAUUAAGGCAAAUCGGCAGAGGACUCGGAGCAUGAGCUUUUUGCGAGAGAUCUUCGCCAACGUGAACUGUAUCCUCACCCCAGCCACCGCUUGCACCGCCCCAAGAAUCCAGGACUCUGACCUCUUGACGGGGAACAACGAUGUUCUAAUGACAGUAAGGAGCAUGAGAUACAUGCAGCUUGGAAACUUCACAGGCAUCCCGGGUCUGGUGGUGCCAGUCGGGUACACGGCCAAUGGGCUUCCCAUCAGCUUUCAGGUCAUGGCAACGUGGUGGGAUGAGGCCGUUCUUUUCCGGGUUGGCCUGAAGCUGGAGGAGUUCCGUGACACGACCAGGAAGCCAGCCAUUUAUUACGACGUCCUCGCAUGACAGGAGUCCCCGAAAGGAGAUGCUGUGAUUGUUCCGGUCUGAUCCGACUGAGCGUUACUGGGAAAGGAGUUACUGCUUUUAACAUUGAUCUCAAUGAGGGGUGGCGGCAGCAGCACGGCUGUUUACAUAGUGGAAUAGUAGAGUUUGUUCUAGGAUGAUAUUUAUUCCCAUCCAGGGUCAAACAGCCCCUGCACCUGAGGGCAGCAAAGAGGAUACCAGUCUACGCAUGGAUGUGGGGCUAAUGGAUGGGUGCAGAAACACAAUUUAUUUUUGUAGUUAGGGUCAGUUCGAGGUGUUAUAUGGAUAGGACCAGACAGGGAUGCUCUCAGGAUGACCUCCUAUACAUGGGCUGCACUAGUAAAAAUCAGCUAUGGGUGCACAGCUCCCCCAGCCUUCCAGGGGAGGUGGGAGGACAUCCCUGGCACAAUGCAGCCCAUGGUCCUCAAGUAAAUCCUUUUGCCCUAAUUACACUCUAGAAAAGGGGAAUGAAACACUGCACUUUUCUGGGUGUUAUGCUUUUUCUGUUUUGUUUGGGCAGGGGAGGCAGUAUCCCUGCUGCAGCAGGAGAGUUUUUCCACUCAGGAUAAUUUAAUAGGAUCUGACUGCUCCUGGAGCCAAGUAGGUGGUGCAUAUAAAAUGUUGUCAUAGGACCAAUCUCUCUUGCAGUGUAUGUGAUAACUAGAGAAACUAAACAAAACUCUGCAGGAACAUAGGAAAAUGAAGUCUUUUAAAGCUGCUUUUAGAUUUCUCCUGCUUCCCCACCUCUGCUGGCAG